AAGCCAAAAUUAACAUAUCCUUGUAGAACUUCUAUCUUACCCCUGCAUUUCUUUCCAGUGGGCUCAGACCCUCCCACCGCCUGCUGCUUCUCUUAUGCCCUGCGGAAGCUCCCUCGAAACUUUGUGGUGGAUUACUUUGAGACCAGCAGCCUCUGCUCCCAGCCAGCUGUGGUAUUCCAAACCAAAAAGGGCAGACAAGUUUGUGCUAACCCCAGUGACUCCUGGGUCCAGGAAUACAUGGACGAUCUGGAACUGAACUGAGCUGCUCCAGCCCAGGUGUAAGAAGUAUCCAGGGAAGGUCACCUGAACCCGACGCUUCUCAGUGAGGCACACCUGCUCCACCCUCAUGACUCUUCUCAGUAGCCCGUUCCUUAUCUUAAUUUAAUCUUAUUAUGUGCUGUGUUAUUGUAUUUGGAGUUAUUUCUGUUAUUUGUUUUGCCAAAGGAUAUUUGUCCCCCAUGGGGAUGGUCCACCAUCACUGUUUCUCUGCUAUUGUAGAUAUAUGGAUAAUGCAGCUGGUUGCAUGUGUUUUAAAAAUAAAACUUCUUUAAAAAUGUA